GAAAAGCUGGGAACAAAUCCGAAGCAGCCAAACCAAUCCCAAUAUCCACACACCAUGCUCUCCAUUGGACCACACACAGCUCUCUCCUCCCCCAAGCCCAACCAAAACUAAGAAACCCCUGCAACUCCGCAAGAACACCCACCAUCAUCCCGUUCGCCAGGGUCGAGAAAUAUUUUAUUCGGGGAAAAAGGAAGAGAGAGGUCAGAUUACUCCACAUCUCCCCCCAUGCAGUUGCUCUGAGGAGACCAUUCCCAUCCAGCCCAUUCCACGGUCCCAGGAAAUCCAAGCAGUUCCUGACAUCCUCUUGAGCUGCCCACACCAGAGCGCCCUUGUUUCUUGGCUUCUGAUGGCAGCUGCCUGAGCUUUUGCUCGUCAUCCAAGAGAGCCAGAGAGAGAGAGAGACAGGAGCUUCUUUCUUUGGUUGGUUAGCGGCUCGUCAAGUGAUUUGCUCUUCCUGGGGGUUCUUGGUGAGCUGCUUGGAUUGGGUGCCAUGUCAGCGUCGACGUCCACGCUGAGCGGCGGUGCCGUGGAGGCGGCGAUGCGGACGGUUGUGUGGUUCAGGAGAGACCUGCGCGUGGAGGAUAAUCCAGCCCUGGCGGCAGCGGCGCGGACGGCCGGGGAGGUGGUGCCGGCGUAUGUGUGGGCGCCAGAGGAGGACGGGCCCUACUACCCCGGCAGGGUGUCCCGGUGGUGGCUCAGCCAGAGCCUCAAGCACCUGGACGCCUCGCUACGCCGGCUCGGCGCCAGCCGGCUGGUCACCCGGCGCUCCACCGACACCGUCGACGCGCUGCUCGAGCUCGUCCGCAGCACCGGCGCCACCCAUCUCUUCUUCAACCACCUCUACGACCCGCUGUCGCUGGUCAGGGACCACCGGGUGAAGGAGGUGCUGGCGGCAGAGGGCAUCACCGUGCAGUCCUUCAACUCCGACCUGCUAUACGAGCCAUGGGAGGUCCUCGACGACCACGGUUGCCCCUUCACCAUGUUCACGCCCUUCUGGAACAAGUGCCUCUGCAUGGUCGACCCCGCUGCGCCCACGCUGCCACCCAAGAGAAUCAAUUCAGGUGACUUGUCGAGGUGCCCGUCGGACGACCUGAUCUUUGAAGACGAGUCAGAGAGAGGGAGCAAUGCGCUGCUUGCACGAGCGUGGUCGCCGGGAUGGCAGAAUGCCGACAAGGCGUUCGCGGCCUUCAUUAACGGCCCGCUGAUCGACUACUCCGUGAACCGCAAGAAGGCGGACAGUGCAAACACCUCCCUGCUCUCCCCUUAUUUGCACUUCGGCGAGCUGAGCGUCCGCAAAGUCUUCCACCAGGUCAGGAUGAAGCAGAUAAUGUGGAGCAACGAGAGCAACCGUGACGGCGAGGAGGGCUGCAGCCUUUUUCUCCGGUCCAUCGGCCUGCGUGAGUACUCCAGGUACCUCGCCUUCAACCAUCCAUGCAGCCACGAGAAGCCCCUCUUGUCUCACCUCAGGUUCUUCCCCUGGGUGGUCAAUGAGGUCUACUUCAAGGUCUGGAGGCAGGGUAGGACUGGCUACCCUCUUGUGGAUGCCGGCAUGAGGGAGCUCUGGGCGACUGGGUGGCUGCAUGACCGGAUACGUGUCGUCGUCUCAAGCUUCUUCGUCAAGGUCCUUCAGCUGCCAUGGCGCUGGGGGAUGAAGUACUUCUGGGACACCUUGCUAGAUGCCGACCUUGAGAGCGAUGCGUUGGGCUGGCAGUACAUUUCCGGGUCUCUGCCUGAUGGCCGUGAGCUGGACCGCAUUGACAACCCACAGUUUGAAGGCUACAAAUUCGACCCAUAUGGGGAGUACGUCCGACGAUGGCUGCCGGAGUUGGCUAGGCUGCCGACGGAAUGGAUACACCACCCCUGGGACGCCCCCGAGUCUGUGCUGCAGGCUGCAGGAAUUGAGCUAGGCUCGAAUUACCCGCUCCCCAUUGUUGAGCUAGAUGAAGCCAAGUCUAGGUUACAGGAUGCCUUGUUAGAGAUGUGGGAGCUUGAGGCCGCCUCUCGUGCUGAGAUGGAGAAUGGAAUGGAGGAAGGCUUGGGAGAGUCCUCAGACGUGCCACCGAUUGCUUUCCCCCAAGAAUUGCAGCAUAUGGAAGUGGACCGAGAGCUGUUCCAUGCUCCUAUCCCCACACCAGCGACAGCCGGACGGAGACGAGCAGAUCAGAUGGUGCCUAGCAUGACCUCUUCCUUUGUCAGAGCUGAAACAGAGCUUUCAGCGGAUUUUGGGAACAGCGAGGUGAGUAGGCAGGAGGUGCCAUCGCAGGUGCGCUUCCAGCCUCAGAUGGAAAUCAGGGAAGAAGUUGCCAAUGAUAGCACUGCUGCCAGAAACAACGGCAUCCAGCACCAGCAGUAUAACAAUCAGAAUACCCUACACAGUGUGCGAGCUGGCAUAGCACCAUCCACGUCAGAGGCAUCAAGCAGCUGGACUGGGAGAGAAGGCGGAGUAGUACCAGUCUGGUCACCUCCGGCUGCCUCAGGCCAUUCAGAUUCUUACACUGCCGAUGAAGCUGAGAUUUCCAGUAGGAGUUAUUUAGACAGGCACCCACAGUCACAUAGAUUAAUGAACUGGAGUCAGCUCUCCCAGUCAUCUUGAAUUCAGAUGUAUGCCUGGAUGUAGGACAGCAGGCUGCGAAGGGGAAAAUUGAUGUUGUGCGUGUCCAAAAUUAAAUGGGUAUGAGUUGGACAGUGAGAGGAAUACACUAUGUACAUUAUCGCCUUUUGUUCAUCUAUAGCCUUGGUAUGCAUGAAUCAGGUGAUGCAGCUUCACGGAUGCAAUAAGUUAUGUAAAAUUAGUCUUAUAGAACUUUGUGGUAUAGGUUGCUAGUUGGAUUUGUACCAUUUAUCAGAUAAGAGGGUUUCUUAGCAUUAUUGUGUCUGUAAUUGUACAUUACCUUUGUUUAUUGCAAUCUUUGCCGAUGAAGAAGUCACCAAA